UUUUCUCGACCAGAAUCCCCCACCCGCUCACCAUUCCGGUCUCUGCGUUCACUCACUCGCUCAGAACGACCGGGCAGUAGGCUGUCCAACCACGCUGGCUCUUUCCGGUCUCGCGCACCUUCAACGGUCACCAGUGGUUCACUGUACCCUGACCAAUCGGGUUCUGACUGGCAUUCGAAUUCAAUCAAUUAUUCGUCUCAAACGUCGUCCAAUUCCAUAUCAGGCAGGCCAAUGGCAGGCCUAAUGGAUGUUGACCGGACUCGGUCCCGGAGAGACAGGACUUUUGUGGGUAGCGAGUGCGCUGUCUGCGAGGAGCCGCUAGAACAUACCCUGCGAGGGGAGCGCGUUCUCCAAUUCUCUUGUGCACAUGUAGCGCAUGAAGCCUGUUUCUACGAGUUUAUUAAGGAGUUCGAGGGACAGUAUUGCCCAACAUGUGACGCCCCACUGGGGCUGGACACAAGUCGUGGGGGGAAUGUGUUAGACAUCGAGAAACUUAGCAAUAUGGUGCGCUCAGUUACCAGCGAUGCCGCCACACAACGAAGUGGUGUGACCGGGGCUACUGCGCCGUGGGAUCAAAGCACAAACCCGGGAUAUGUACAGCCGGAGAGACAGCGUGAUACGGGCGACCCGCGUGAACGGAUUGAACGUCUGACAUCCGGAUCCCGCCAGCAUCACUCCCGGAAUGGUAGCGCUGCUGGCUCAUCGGGUGACUACAAUGAUAACCAGCAUCCGAGCAACGGAAGACGGCAUGACUAUGACCUCCAAGCCAUGGAGUCCGAACUGAGCCCUCGCUCUGGGGCCACAAAGAAUCCCAUCCCGGCUCCAACGAUGACAAUUCGGAGCGAGUUUCCAACCCUCAACCGGUCCCGUCAACAACAGCCUUUGACCUGUCUAAUCACCGUCGAAGUCCCUGAAGGCUGGCGUGCAGACUCCGAUGACUUGCGCCACACGUCGACUGGCUCACCACAACCGGAGGAUGAGCCUUACAGUAUGACCCGUUUUCCCGCCGCCCAGGAGUCCCGCCCAUCUCCAUACGAACCACAGGAGAACCUGGAUGAGAUUGCGGAGGAACUGAGGACGAAAGUGGACAACUGGCAUGGUCUUGAGUUUCAGCGGUUCGGAAAGCUUCGCUUGCAUGGACAGAUGCGGGUCGGCAAAGACCGUGAAUCGUGGCAGGACUUGCAAUGCUACCUGUUCGCGGAGAUGCUUAUCUGCAUCAAAGAAAAGAAGGCCAACGAUCACCGCCGCCAAUAUGAUGACAAACCGCGACACACACGGUGUACGCUUAAGGGCUCGAUUUUGAUCAAGAAGCAUCUCAAGCAUGUCGAUGCGGAUACAGAUGAGCCCGUUCUAACUCUGAGUUUAUCCGUCAGCGAACUUCCAUGCUUUUACCUUAGAUUCCAGAACCGGAACCAGUUGGAAAUCUGGCGUCGUGCUCUGCUCGAUCUCCACCAGUUCGAUUCCUUGUCUCGCAGUGCCGACUAUGACCUAGAGAACUCGGGAACCGAGGAGGAAGACUAUCGAAACAGCCAGAUCAAACGGCAGGCAUCGCUGAACUCCUCAUAUGGUGCGGCUCGGUCGAUCAAUACUGCCAUCACUGACUACACGAAUGUGGCCGUGGAAAGUGGGCCUAGCCCGUCUCUGCACAUUCCGCUUGAUAUUGUAGUGGUGAUACCCGUGUCAUCUUCGAUGCAGGGCCUGAAAAUCACGCUUCUGCGCGACGCGCUCAAGUUUCUUGUGCAGAACCUUGGACCUCGGGACCGUAUGGGAUUAGUGACAUUCGGUUCUAGUGGCGGCGGAGUCCCUCUGGUGGGAAUGACAACGAAGUCCUGGGGGGGAUGGGGCAAGAUUUUGAACUCUAUCCGCCCCGUCGGCCAGAAGAGUCUUCGUGCAGAUGUGGUUGAAGGGGCGAAUGUGGCCAUGGACCUCUUGAUGCAACGGAAGCUGUCCAAUCCCAUAUCCACUAUCCUCUUGAUCAGUGACUCGUCUACCUCUGACCCGGAUAGCGUGGAUUUUGUUGUGUCCCGGGCAGAAGCUGCUAAGGUUAGCAUUCACUCAUUCGGUCUGGGACUGACCCAUAAGCCGGACACGAUGAUUGAGCUUUCAACUCGGACAAAAGGCUCAUAUCUCUAUGUCAAGGACUGGAUGAUGCUCCGUGAAUGUGUCGCAGGGUGUCUCGGAGCUCUGCAGACAACUUCUCAUCAGAAUGUCAAGCUGAAGCUUCGUCUCCCGGAAGGUUCUCCGGCGAAGUUCGUGAAAAUCAGUGGGGCCCUUCACACCACAAAGAGGGCCACCGGCCGCGACGCGGAGGCCGCUCUCGGUGAUCUCAGAUUCGGAGAUAAAAGGGACAUCUUGGUUCAGCUUGUUAUCCAGCCCGACAACAGUUCUCAGGAGAACAUGCCGCAAGAUCCCUGGGAGAGUCUGGUCUCCGGACUGGAAGCCCUCGGUGGCGGGUCGGAUGGAGAUGAGCAGCGAGUGCUUAGCGUGGAGGAAGUCCCAUUGAUCCAAGCGGAUAUCACUUUUGGAGAUCUUCUCCGUGAUGGCCAUUUGACGCAUUCGCCGCGACCGUCACUUUUGGCGAUCACUAUGCUUCCACCAAACCCCAGGAUUCGACAUUCCAGUCGACCGACGACGCCCCCUAUUCCUCCGCAUCCUUCAAUAGUUCAGCGGCGCAUGGAACUACUCACGUCCGAUAUGCUAACUAGAGCAUUGACUUUGGUGUCACGCGGACAUCAUGAUCGUGCGCAGCACUUAUUGGUUGAGACCCGCAGUAUCCUUAAGGGUCUUGGUAAAGGAAGCCUGCCCCCGCUCCCACCUGGUGCUGUUAAACCAUCAAGCAUCAGCGACUCUGGCAGCAGAGGUGAAACGUCUACAUCCACUUCUCCAAGAUCUUCUACUUUCGCCGAUAGCCACUCAGCUAUCUCGGACUCCGCCACGGUCACACCAGGAGCCGCGGUUGAUGCGCAGACCAUGCAGGCGCUAGAUGGUGACCUACAAGCAGCGCUCGAGUGGAUCAAUCAUCCUGCAGUGUUUGGCCGGGACUCUCGCAAGGCUGUCCUGCAGGGUAUUGGCGUGAUUUCGUCGCAGCGGGCGUACACCUUCCGAUCGCCCUCUGAGGCACACUGGGCCCAGCGGGUGGCUGGAGUUCGACGACUGACCGAACGGUCUAAGGAGUGGCGUGAGACCGGCGAUGACGCAUUGACUGAAGAAUGA